AUGAAUCUCGAAAGGACAUAUGAGAUAUGUGGUUGUACUGAGAACCAAAAGGUUCUAUACGCUGGAUACCUAUUCCAAGGAGAAGUUGGAAUGUGGUGGGAUACACGAAGGCAACUCCUAGUUAGGGAACUAGGAAGUCUCACUGCACUAUCAUGGGAGAGAUUUAAGGAAGAGUUCGACAACAGAUUCUACCCUGAUUCUGCCAAACAACUGAAGGUGCAGGAGUUUGCGAGUUUAACUCAAGGCAGUUUGACGGUAGAACAGUAUGCUGCUAAGUUCAUGGCGUUAGGAAGAGAAUUACCAAGAGUUGUAAAUGUGGCUGCGAUAGCAGAGUCUGAGCAGAGAGGUCUAGCAAUCCAGAUCAAUUCCGAACGAAAGAGGACCAUGCCAUUUGCUGCAAGCGGUAGUGCCGAGAAGAAAAGGUCUUUUUCCAGCCCAGCGAAAGGCAAGGGAAUAGUGACAGGAGGACAUAUGCCAUAUGCUUAUCCGUUAUGCCCUAAGUGUGGAAAGUGUCAUCCUGGAGAAUGUCGUAGUGGUUAUGGAGUUUGUUAUCGAUGCGGGAAACCAGGACAUUUGAUCAGAGAUUGUCCCAACACUGCACAAGGUAGUGGAGCUGGUGAUCAUAAGCCAAGGCCCCACAUCCAAGCACGCGUGUAUGCUGUAACCCCAGGUGAUAUCAAUGCUGAUGCAUCAGAGGUUGAGGAAGUUGGCGUCAUCACUGUGUUAAUUCCUGAUGGGAAUACAGUAGCUUGUACCCGUUUAGUUAAGGAUUGUCCUGUAGAGCUAGAUGGAAGGACGGUGAAGGCUGACCUACUAGUAUUCGGUCAAAUGGAGUUUGACCUAAUUUUGGGUAUGGACUGGCUAUUCAAGCACUAUGCUAAGAUAGAUUGCUGGAAGCAAGAAGUGGUGUUUGAAUCCCCAAGUAAAGACAUAAUUAGGUACGUGGGAGCACCAGUUAAGGCCACCCAACCAGUGAUUUCGGCUUUACAAGCUAGGAAGUGUAUUGAGGUUGGAGCCUCAGCUUUUCUGUUGAUGAUUGUGGAUAAGACAGAUGGGAGUGAAGAAAUCCGUGGGAUACCAGUAGUUGAAGAUUUUCCUAAAGUUUUUGUCAACGAGCUACCUAGUCUACCACCGAAUAGAGAAACUGAGUUCAAGAUAGAGUUGGAACCGGCAACAACUCCGACUCACAAGGCCCCGUAUUGUAUGGCUCAUGCCGAAUUGAAGUAG